AUGCCGCGCCUAGAGGACGUUAAGAUUCCCGCGAAGCUGCAAGCUCUGCUGGAAAAGGCUCCUCCGCCCGCGCCAGGAGCGCCGAUCGGAAGCACGCUAUUAGGCAUCGGCGGAUUCAGCUUCGGCGGAAGUGGCGGAGGAUCGGCAGCUGCCGCGGGAACCGGUGGCGGAAGCGGAGGCGCAGGCGGAGUGACCCUCCCCCCGCGCCUCCCCGUGCAUCAGCUGGGCGGGGUGAAGAACCGACUUAACUUACAGGUGCAUCACGAGCAGUCGUCGUUCUCGCGUGCGACGUCGCAAUCGUCGUCCGCGUCGUCGUCGUAUGCGACAGCCCCUGCGAGCCAGGAGCAGCAGAGGUUACCAGUAGGGCCGCCGUCCGUGCUUCAGCAGCAGCAUCUGCGCCCGCCUCCAGGCCUAGCCGCAGCGGUAGUUGCGGGAGUGGGUAGAGACUCGAGGGAAAGCAGAAGCAGCCUACGCGACGACGAUAAUGAUUCCGACGCCGGCAGCGUGAUCUUCUCCCCCGUUCCGCAACCCGCGCACUUGCGGAAAGCCGCUGCGCGGAAAAAGAAGAGCGCGGAGGCCGGCGCAGCUGCGACGGGCGUUGGGGCAGGAGGGGCGGGGAUCGGGGGAGGAGGGGGAGCGGCGGGAUCAGGAGCGGCAGGCGGUAGUAAGGAGAGUGGAUCGAGUAGCAACACAGGUCCUUCGCAUGGAAGCGCCAGCAAUCAAGCCUCCCCCACUCUCUCCUCCCCUUCUAAUGCGCUCUCUCCCCCCGGACUUGGCGCUACUUCUCUCGCCUCUAGCGCCUUCUCCUCCGCUUCCGCCUCCGCGUUUUCCUCCGCCACCAGCUCUGGCGGCGCUGACGUGGCGCCGUCACACAGCCAAUCGGCGCGCAGCAGGCAGGGCGUGGCGUCGGGGAAGGGGGACGAGCAGGGGAAGGGGGGAGCGCCGUCGCAGUCCCCGCGGUAUCAUCCCCCCCGGCCCUCUCCGCCCAAACAGCAGCCGCAAUCGCAGUCGCAACAGCAGGCGCAGCCACAGCAGCAGCAGCAACUGGAACGUUUUCAAAGGGCCAAAAUGAGACAGCAGCAGCAGCAGCAACAGCAGCAACAACAACAGCAGCAGCAGUCACAGCAGGCUGGGAUACCGUGGCUGAACCGAGACGGGGGUGACGGCGGCGCGGGGGAGGGAGAGUACGAGGAGGAAGAGGAGGGGGAAGAGGGCGAGGAGGAGGGGGAGGUGGCGGAGGUGGUGCGGCGGGCGCGCACACUGCCCAACUCCGCGCAGGAGAGCGGCGGAGUGCUGCACGCGCUCACCGUUGCGCUGCAGGCCGUGCAGGACGAGCAGCAGUACGAUCCCUCUUCCGCCUCCCCCUACACCCCCUCGCGCCCCUCCCCGCCUCUCCGCAGCUCCAGCACGGGAAGCGCAGCCGCGCGCGCGCAUCUCCCCUCCUCCUCCUCCGCCUCCUCCGCCGCUGGCGCGACCCGCGGGGAUGGCGGCAGCGCUGCGGCCGCAGGGAGAGGCGGAACGGCGUUCCCUCUGUCCUCCUCCUGCAACUCAGUGCCGGGAAGAGCAUUAGGGGCGUCAGGCGCAGCAGGGCCAGCGGGGGCAGCAGGGGCGUCAGGGGCAGGCGCGAGUGGCAGCAGUCGCAAGUCCAACCGUAUGAAAACUGUGGUGGGCAGCGUGUGCGGUAGUGUGGUGAGCAGCAGUGGCGGCAGGAGCAAGAGUGGGAAGAGCAAGGAGGAGAAGCUUGCAGGGCUGCCCAUGCUGCCCCCUCCCCACGCCACGCAGAUUGUCAAGUGCACGUGGUGUGGCCAGAACCUGUCGCUCCCCAAGAAGCUCCCCACGCCCAAGAGUGGGAUGGGCGGAGGCGCGGGCAGGCAGGGGGGGGCGUAUGGUGUGAGCGGGAGCGGGAACGGGAGCGGGUAUGGGUAUGCGGGGGAAGAGGAAGGGCGGUGGGGGGCGAAUGCGAGGGAUGGAGAGGGGUGGGAGGCAGGUGGAGGAGCUGGGAUGGGAGGUCAAGCAUAUGGUGAUGAAGGGGCUUAUGGUGGGGAUGGUGGUGGUAGUCCUUAUGGGUAUGGGGCGCAGAAUGGGUAUGGCGAGGGAGGGGGUUAUGGUGGGGGCGAGGAGGGGACAGGUGGCGGGGAGUGGGAGGAUGAGGAUGGGGAGGCGGAUUUUGGGUUUGAGGACCCAUACCCUCCUGGAAACGCAGGGAUGGCAUACGGCCAGCAACAGCAGUGGCAGCAGCAGCAGCAGCAGCAGCAGCAGCAGCAGCAGCAGCAGCAGCAGCAGCAGCAGCAGCAGCAGCAGCAGCAGCAGCAGCAGCAGCAGCAGCAGCAGCAGCAGCAGCAGCAGCAGCAGCAGCAGCAGCAGCAGCAGCAGCAGCAGCAGCAGCAGCAGCAACAGCAACCGCAGAAGACAGGAGGAGCGGGCAGUGGGGGGCGCGUGGGCAGCACGGGGUUUCAUAGGGUUCAGAGUGCAGGGGGGAGGGUGCAAGCCGUGGCUGUGGCAGCAGGCAUGGUUCCUGACCAGAGCAGUCGACAGUUUGUUCGCGCUGGCAGCAGUGCUGCGGCGUACCAAGGGAACUUUGACCCUGGUGAGGGCGUAACCGGGGGAGGUGUAUAUGGCGAGGGGUAUGGGGAGGAGGAAUACGAGGAAGGGUUGACAGAUGAGUACGGAGGGGGGUAUGGUGGCAUGGACGGGCAGGGAUUUCACGGGGAAGCGGAAGAGGAAGUGGAGGAGGAGGAGGAGGAAAUUGCAGAUGGGGACGCGGGGGAGGAGGAGGAGGAAGAGGAGGAGGACAUGUAUGGGGAUCUGGAAACAGAGCUAGAGGCAGCAGCCAUGGCAGAAGCAGCAGGGGGCGCGUAUAGCCAGUCCGCGUCUCCCUGUACUCCUGCCCGAGCCGGGCCAGGGAAAACUCGAGGAGGAGGGUUUGCAUCAACCACUGGUGGUGCUGCUGCUGCUGGUGCUGGUGGUGGUGGGAGUGGCAUGAGGAGCAAGGGGCAAGGGGCAGAGGGGAAGCGCAUGGCACGGUGCAUGACUAUGAACGUGGUGAGUACUGCUGGUGGCUCUGGUGCUACAGCCGCUGCUGCCACAGCCACCACUCCUGGGCGGCACAAGGGCCCCCGGCACACGCGCAGUGGGAGCAGCAGCAGCAGCAGCGGCGCAGGGAUGGCGGGGAACAGCGGCAGGUUCAAGAACCACGUGCAGAGCAGCCCGCCCGGGGGGGCCAACAACAGCGGCAGCAGCAACAACGGGGAGAGCCCGCCUAGCGGCUUCUACGGACAGGGUGCUGCUGGUGGUGCUGGUGGGGGUGCUGGUGGUGGGAGUGGAGGGGCAGGAGGGGUGAGCCGUGGGGGUAUGACGAGGGCGCGCUCGUCUCUGGACCUGGAGGCGAAAGGCAGGCCGUUUCCGUCGUCCUCUUCCUCGGUCAUCUCCGCUGUGUCGCCCCGUCGGCCCACCAGCAGAGGCGCCUCGUCCCUCAUCUCCAUGCCUGUGUCUGCCACUAUUCCAGCCAUGGGUCCCGGUGUGGGGCUUGGGCCUGGCUUUGGGUCUGGCCCCGCUGGUGCUGGUGCUGGUGUGGGUGUUGGUGGUGUGUUUCCCGGGUCUUCGUCCAUGCCAGCAGCUACUGCCUCGUCAUCGUUCCUGGCCGCUACACAUCCCAGCCACGGCCGGGUGACUGCCAGGAGUAGCAACACAGCGGCAGCAGCGGCGGCGGCGGCAGCAGCAGCAGCAGCAGCAGCAGCAGGAGGAGGAGGGUUGCAUCAGCAGCAUGAGCCGUGGGAUGCGCAGGUGCAUGAGGCCGAGGCCAUGGCAGGCCCUAUUCACCCCGGCUCCUACUGGUACGACGCUUAUGCUGGCUUCUGGGGCAUUAUGGGGGGCCCGUGCCUUGGAGUCAUCCCGGCGAGCAUAUGGGCGGUGGCACACGCACCCAUGCCGCAGGACUGCUGUGGGGGCACCACAGGUGUGGUGGUGAAUGGGCGCGAGCUGACCCCACGAGACCUGACCAUCCUCAAGGGGAGGGGGCUGCCCAUGGUGCCGGGGUUCUACUCUCUCACCAUUGAUGGCGAGCUGCAUGACGAGUCCACGGGGCGCCAUAUUAAGUCGCUCGGGAAACUCGCUCCCUCAUUGGAGAGGCAACAACGGGGAGCGGGUAUGUAUGUGCCGAGUUGA